AUGCACAGCUCACGGCAGCAAUACAUACCGCCUCCCCCACCGCCUGGCCAGCCAUCCACCUCCCAUGGCAUGACAUUACCACCGCCGCCGCCGCGUCCCGCGACGAGCGGUGCUCAUGGGGGCUACUCUCUGCCAGGUCCGCCGCCGGGAGGCCCGCCAGCCACAUAUUGGAACAGGUCGAAUUACCUCCCACCACCGAACAGCUCGGCACCACACCCUACAUAUAACCCAAAUGUCUACAAUACGUACCAUCAGCAACAGCAACAAGCAAAUUAUCUGAGCAAUCAGCUUCCCCCAGAGGGACAGCCAUUGACAUCGGCGACAUACAUCCCCUUCGGUGAAUCUUUUGGCCCAGGCGUUGGCAUCCCGCCGCUCCACACGCAGUCCGACUACUCCAACAACUACUACUAUCCAUAUCAACAGGAUCUGGCCCAGUCGACGGACAAUAGCUCGAGAGGCACUUCGAGCACCGCCCUCCACACGCCGCCCGAGGAGCUCAGCAGUGCAAACUACCAAAAUGGGCAAUACCACCAGCCACCUGUUAGCCGUCAGUCGCUGCACGGCGAAGGGAAUGCGGCCGAAGUACCUCUUUCUCCGUCCGACCCUGCUUGGCAAUGGCCUUUGGAUCGCGUGCUCAUCUGGCUUGCCACAAAUGGUUUCUCCAACGACUGGCAGGAGACAUUCAAGCAGCUGGAUCUGCAUGGGUCUGCAUUUCUGGAUUUGGGCAGAGGGCACGGAAACAAAGGCAACGUGGCUAUGAUGCAUCAAACAAUCUUUCCGAAGCUGGCUGAAAUUAGCAAGGCGAGUGGGACCAACUGGGAGUUGUCUCGGGACCGUGACGAAGGCAAGCGGUUACGUCGCCUUGUUAGGAGCAUUGUGGACAAUGGAGGCCACCCGACGAGCGCAAGACUCCCACACAGGCGUACCUCAAGGACGUUCGGCCAGACCACCGCGUCCGCUGGAACAGAAGGCACCAUGGAGAACUCCCCCAACCUUAACCAGGCUGAAUUCGACCGUUCAAACCCCUCGACGGCCGGCGUCGACGUGGAGAGUCCCGGAAAGCACGGGCAAGCAGGUGGGUUUCAUUCUCCUGCGACAAGCAAUCCGAGACGCUUCUCGGCCCAGCGCAAUUUCACGGUCCCGUCACUGAGUCAGCCCGAUCACGUGUCAGAAACGACGAACCGCAGUGUGUACACGGAGAAGAUUUUGAGACAGUUGGGAGAUGGCACGUCAUCUAAAAGACACAGCCCGAACACAUCCGGUGAUUUCGGCCCAAGGUCCGCAAGCCCUCAGCACAGUCCAGGUCUAGGAACCGCAAAUCUCGCCGUGAAUCAGGCAGCGCUGAAAAGUAGAUAUUACGGCGGCCAUGACAGAGCCAACUCUUCCGAGUCAACUGUUUCGACCCUUGCCGCGUAUGGUUCAAAUUCAGGAUCAGGUCCACCUUCGGGGAAACUAGACGGGAGGCGCAACGGCAUCGAAGGCACCCGCCCUGUCGAUGCCACAGGUCGUCAUUACAGCCAGGAUCCUGAAAGGAGUGCCAGGGAGCAUAAAAGCUUCCUCUCCAACUUGCGCUUACCAGGAAAGAAGAGGAGGGACGAGAACCACCCAUCGCCAGACGAGUCCAGCAUCGAGUCCCCCACCAGCCCCAUGCGCCAUAUGCCGCCAAACGCGCCCUACAAGGGAACGAGCUUAAAUUCCAGCGAAACGUCGUUGAACGAACGCCCACCAUCCAGAAGGUCCGCACAGAAUGAUCCCGAUUCAAACCACACCACCCGCCCUCGAGCUCACACCAAUAAUUCUUCGGAGCCUAGGAAAUUCUUCUUUGUUACUCCGGAUGGCUGGAACUAUAGGCUUGUCGAUGUCACAGGCAUCGAUUCCGCUGCCAGGUUGCGGGAACACAUUUGCUGGAACCUCUCCCUGCAAAAUGACAAAGACAUCACUCUUCACCUGACGUCGCCUGGCCAAACCGAAGUUGACGAAGCUCUUUCAGAUUCUCUACUCAUGCAAGCACGCAAGAUCGCCGACGGUUCAGGAAACCUCAAGGUCUACGUCAACGUGCCACUCCCCCCGGCUGGUCCAUCCGGCCUUGGGCUCGGGAUGCCUGGUACCUCACCUUACGGCCGCAUGUCGCUCACUGGAAAAUCAAUUGCUCCGGAUACUCUGGCACGGCUCAGUAUGGCAGGAAACCAUGCGGAGUCACCAAGGUCCAGUGAUUCAACGCUGGUUCCUGGUCAUUGGCCGAGCAACAAGCACCUACCCCAUCUCCCCAAGAAUGAAGAGGCUCCACCAGUGGUGCCCAAAUCGGAUCCUCAAUGGGAUUCUGCCAAUCAUCAACUCUCCGAACAAGAACGACGGAAUAUCCUCGAGGCUGCAGCUGAGGCGCAUCGGCGCGAGACGGAGAGGAAGCAAAAGGAGUAUCUGGAAAGGAGGAGAAAGCAGCUUGCCAAGGAAGCCUCGCCGAUCGACCCGCCGAGCGCGUUGGGCUACAGGCGGGAGGGUGUGAUCGAUUUCGACGAACGCCGCGAUUCUCCGUACGAAGACGGCAGGAGACCGGAUAAUUUCGAGCGUGGCAGACCCAAGCAGCUUGUGCCGCUUAGGGAGCCUCCUCCUGCACCGAAGGUUGAGACCGAGACGCUAAUCAAGGCGAACUCGCUCAGCAAGCGAGAAGCCAAGGGACGAGACUCGUGGCCAGAAGACGAAUCGUCAAGCAAGAGGAGCUCUGGCGACUCUGACGCCGACAAACACUCUCGCCGAUUAGCAAUCCCGGAGACCCCUCUUGUUUCGAUGGGCAUUGGUUCUGCGCUUCUGGGAAUUGGCAAGAUUGGUAGUACGGUUGGCGCACCAUCGCGCCGAGCAACCCCUAUCAAGCCUAGUCCUACCCUCGGCGCGUCUCCUUCUUUCCUUACGCCCACAGACAAAGAUGGCGACAUUACAAUGAGCAAAGGCAAAGUUCCAUUCGUGAUUCCUGACUAUGUACAAGCCGCCCAAGACCGCCUGUCCCCAGAGAAGCCGUCGUUAUCGUUAGAGACGCCCCAGAAUGCCGCCGUAUCAAAACUCAAGCAGUUGGAUGACUCGUCGUCGAGCCACUCACCGGACGUGAGCCCGAAUACCGCCCAUCCGAACGAAAGCGAACUUCACCGAAUGAUGUCGACGCGCUCCUACGGCCCGAACCUGGACUUCAAAGAGAAUCCUGUCGAAUUUUCUCACUCACCCGCUGUUGCCACUGACGAUUCAGAUGACGAUUCGGACGAUGGCCUUUUCGCGAUGCCGCUUGCGAGCAAGACCCCGCCGCGCUCGACACCAAGCGCUUCGCAAACUCCGAUUGGCGAAGCAACGGAGCGCCCCGCCCUGGCAAUCAGGACUCCAUCCAAAGUACGCAUUCAGUCACCAGAAAGAACGCAUAGCGAUCACGAGGACAUCAAGGACAGGAGUCGGAGCAUUGAAAGAUUCAUCCCUCACAACAGCGGUUCGGGGCCGUAUUCUCUCGAUUCUCCUGAGGAGGGCCGAGCUUUCGGUGGCAACAGGCGGGAGUCUUUCGCCAGCGAUAUUUGGGCCAACCGUCCUCCCCCAGAGGCCCUCGUGGAACACCUCGACGAUUUCUUCCCGAACGUCAACCUUGAUCAGCCAAUUCUGGACGAAGAAAUUCCUGGUUCACCCGCAUCACCCUCGUCAGAGGAGAAGAGAGGACUUGUAGCAGCAUCUCAAGAACCGAGCCGUGUAACUACCCCAAUGUCUGCUCCUGAAGACGAAGGUACCUUGCGUCCUGAGCACGUCACGAGCUUGCAGCGCGGCGACACUGUCAUGUCAAUGGCCCAGAGGAAUAUGAGGAAGGCCGGAGGUCUCGGACGCACCAAGUCUAUCCGUGAAACCGUCAAGUCUCAGUACCAGUCCAUGGAAAAGCGAGCGGCACCGUCGCGUGUCAACACGCUCAAGUCAGGCGACAUUGUCCGCAGGAAGAGCACCAAGAUGUUUGGCGCCAGAAUUGAGCAAGUCAGGCCGCCUCGUGGAAGUCGCAUGAUCACUCUCGACACCAUUCAAGAUACGCUUCCCAUGAACCCCAUGAGUCAUCCAUCGCGCCAGCCAACCUUCAAAUGGAUGAAGGGUCAACUGAUUGGCAAGGGAACAUUUGGCAAGGUGUACCUCGGUAUGAACAUGACCACUGGUGAGCUGAUUGCUGUCAAGCAAGUCGAGGUUAAGCCCAAUGAGGACAAGGAGAGGAUGAAGGAGCUGGUGAAGGCGCUGGAUGUCGAGAUCGACACGAUGCAGCAUUUGGAUCACCCGAACAUCGUGCAGUACCUGGGUUGCGAGCGCCAAGAGACUUCAAUUUCUAUCUUCCUGGAAUAUAUUCCUGGUGGCAGUAUCGGCAGCUGCCUGCGCAAACACGGCAAGUUCGAGGAGGCAGUCGUUUCCUCACUCACGCGCCAGACGCUCAGCGGUCUUGCUUACCUUCACCGCGAGGGCAUCCUCCACCGCGAUCUCAAGGCCGACAACAUCUUGCUCGACCUCGACGGUACUUGCAAGAUCUCGGAUUUUGGUAUUUCCAAGAAGUCGGACAACAUCUACGGCAACGACAUCACCAACAGCAUGCAAGGCUCCGUUUUCUGGAUGGCGCCCGAGGUCAUCCGCAGCCAGGGACAGGGCUACAGUGCCAAGGUCGACAUUUGGUCGCUGGGUUGCGUGGUGCUUGAGAUGUUCGCCGGUCGCCGUCCCUGGUCCAAGGAGGAAGCCAUCGGCGCCAUCUACAAGCUCGGCUCGCUCAACCAGGCUCCCCCCAUUCCUGACGACGUCUCGCAGAACAUCAGCCCCGCCGCCAUCUCCUUCAUGUACGACUGCUUCACGAUCGACCCGGCCGACCGCCCCACGGCCGAUACCCUGCUGCGCGCACCCUUCUGCUUCUUCGAUCCGAACUACAACUUCUUGGAUACGGAGCUGUACGGCAAGAUUAGAGGUGCCUUUGACCAUCAUUAG